CUGACCACACCAGGACUGGAGAAGCAAUUCUUGCCCCUGGCAGAGGGCCGCCUUUCCCUCCCAGCUCGGUUGCUUCUCCUUCAGACCUCCCACCGCCACCACCACCACCAUCAAAGACCUGUCUCCACCCACCACCCUGUGCCCUGCCCGAGGACCUGGCCUUUUUGGUCCCAGGCACAAGGCCGGCACAUCCGAAGUGGCUCUGCCUGACCCCUGGAGUGGCUGGGAUGGGAAUUGUACGGUCUGUGGGCUGAGGAGGUCUGGAGCAGAUAACCCCCUGGAAGAGGCUGCUGCCGAGAGAACCGCGUGAAAACCUCACUUCCUCUGUGUAGCGCAGGUUCCCAACCACAAGCACCAAAGCAGAGGGGCAGGCAGCACACAGCCCAGCAGCCGGAGCAGCAGGGAGCCAUGGUCUCGGAGGUGAGCGGACGCCAGGUGCUGGAUGCCUCAGACUUUGCCAUGCUCCUGGAAAACUGUAGCUCUGCGUACGGAGACUACGGAGAAAACGAGAGCGACUCCUGCUGCACCUCCCCACCCUGCCCACAGGACUUGAGCCUGAACUUCGACCGUGCCUUCCUGCCGGCCCUCUACAGCCUCCUCUUUCUGCUGGGGCUGCUAGGCAACGGCGCCGUGGCCGCCGUGCUGCUGAGCCAGCGCGCGGCCCUGAGCAGCACCGACACCUUCCUGCUCCACCUGGCCGUGGCUGACGCCCUGCUGGUGAUGACUCUCCCGCUCUGGGCAGUGGACGCUGCCAUCCAGUGGGUCUUUGGCUCGGGCCUCUGCAAAGUGGCUGGCGCCCUCUUCAACAUCAACUUCUACGCCGGGGCCCUCCUGCUGGCCUGCAUCAGCUUUGACCGUUACCUGAGCAUAGUGCACGCCACGCAGCUCUACCGCCGGGGCCCCCGGGCCCGUGUGGCCCUCACCUGUGUGGUCGUGUGGGGGCUCUGUCUGCUCUUUGCCCUCCCAGACUUCAUCUUCCUGUCGGCUCACCACGACGAGCGGCUCAAAGCCACCCACUGCGAGUAUAGCUUCCCGCAGGUGGGCCGCACGGCUCUGCGCCUCCUGCAGCUGGUGGCUGGCUUCCUGCUGCCCCUGCUGGUUAUGGCCUACUGCUAUGCCCGCAUCCUGGCUGUGCUGCUGCUCUCCAGGGGCCAGAGGCGCCUGCGGGCCAUGAGGCUGGUGGUGGUGGUAGUGGUGGCCUUUGCCCUCUGCUGGACGCCCUACUACCUGGUGGUGCUGGUGGACACCCUCAUGGACCUGGGGGCCUUGGCCCGCCACUGCGGCCGAGAAAGCCAUGUGGAUGUGGCCAAGUCGGUCACCUCAGGCCUGGGCUAUAUGCACUGCUGCCUCAACCCACUGCUCUAUGCCUUUGUGGGCAUCAAGUUCCGAGAGCGGAUGUGGAUGCUGUUGGUGCGCCUGGGCUGCCCUGGCCAGAGAGCACUCCAAAGGCAGCAGCCGUCCUCUUUCCGCCGAGACUCGUCCUGGUCCGAGACCACAGAGGCCUCCUUCUCGGGCCUGUGAGGCUGGAAUGGGGCCUCCCUUUCACCCACGCAGCCUGCCCUGCCCCCACAUGCCACAUUCCUCCCUCUCUGCUUGGGCCUGCUCUGCAUGCCCCAAGAGCCUUGCCCCUGGAACUCCCUGGCAGCCCCAGCACCACCCAGUCUCCCAGGGAGCCGCCCUCCUGGCUCUGGAAGCUGUGCCAUCGCCGCUCCUUAGCUGCCUAGUCCCCCCCCCAAUCCUGCCACUCCAGAAGUGGCUGCCAGAGCCCCCAUGGCUCAUUUAAUUUGCUAACUACAACAUGGCCUUCCCCACAGGCAUGGAGCGAGAGGCAAACAGCCCCUGGGGGACAGAGACCCAGGCCUCUAGCUCAGGAGGGACUAUGGUUCUGGACCCCAUAAACUGUGUAUUUGCUUAUUUUUGUGUCUAAAAUCCUGCUUAAAACUCUUCAAUAAAUGAGA